UCCGCCCCAAAACUUUCCGUUUCCCCCAUCCCACUCUCCGGGACUUCCUUGUGCCGCCCGUGCGCGCGGAGGGGGGGGAGGAGGCGUGUGCGGCGGCGGCGAGGGGGGAUUCGCAGCCUCCUGGCAGGCUGGCCGGGACCCCGGGGGAAGAGGAGUUGCACCAUGCGCGGCAAGUGAGGGAAAGUCUCCGCCAGCAGCAGCGCCGCCGCCCCCCGCAGAAGUUGGGGCUCUCCCCGCCCGCGGGAGCGGGAGCUGUGCCUUUAACGCCCGCUGCGCCGCGAGGUACCUAAGGAUAAAACUGGCCUGAAGAGAAAAUCUGGGGCAAACUGGGGACCUUGACUGUUCUUGCACCUGACCCCCUCAUCUGUCAGAUGCGGUGAUCUCCAUGGUAACUCAAACCCCCAGACUCUUGACAGCAGCCUGCGAGGAGCAGCAUUCAGCAGCUCAAGGGUCUCAGGACCAGAGCGUGGAUCACACUUCUCGUAAACCUCAUCAUAUUGAGGUUGGGCUAAGAUGAGCAUAACCAGUGACGAAGUGAAUUUCUUGGUGUAUCGCUAUCUCCAGGAAUCGGGUUUCUCCCACUCGGCCUUUACCUUCGGUAUCGAGAGCCACAUCAGCCAGUCCAACAUCAACGGAACACUAGUGCCACCUGCCGCACUCAUCUCCAUCCUCCAGAAGGGGCUCCAGUAUGUGGAGGCCGAGAUCAGCAUCAACGAAGAUGGUACAGUAUUUGAUGGCAGGCCAAUAGAGUCCCUGUCUCUGAUAGACGCCGUGAUGCCUGAUGUCGUUCAGACCCGACAGCAAGCGUUCAGAGAGAAGCUAGCACAGCAACAAGCCAGCGCCGCAGCGGCGGCGGCGGCCACGGCGGCCACGGCGGGAGCCACGACGACUGCUGUUUCCCAGCAGAACACACCAAAGAACGGAGAAGCCACUGUGAAUGGAGAGGAGAAUGGGGCACAUGCAAUAAAUAAUCAUUCAAAGCCAAUGGAAAUUGACGGGGAUGUUGAAAUCCCUCCUAACAAAGCAACAGUCCUUCGGGGCCAUGAAUCAGAAGUGUUCAUCUGUGCCUGGAACCCUGUCAGUGACCUGCUAGCAUCUGGAUCCGGAGACUCAACGGCCAGGAUAUGGAAUCUCAAUGAAAACAGCAACAGCAGUUCCACUCAGCUAGUUUUGAGGCACUGCAUAAGAGAAGGAGGACAUGAUGUCCCCAGCAAUAAGGAUGUGACUUCAUUGGACUGGAAUAGUGAUGGAACACUAUUGGCUACAGGCUCAUAUGAUGGUUUUGCAAGAAUAUGGACAGAAGAUGGUAACCUUGCAAGCACCUUAGGUCAACAUAAAGGUCCAAUAUUUGCCCUGAAAUGGAACAAAAAGGGGAAUUAUAUUUUAAGUGCUGGUGUUGAUAAAACAACAAUAAUUUGGGAUGCUCACACAGGAGAAGCUAAACAGCAAUUUCCUUUCCAUUCAGCUCCUGCUCUGGAUGUAGACUGGCAGAACAACACUACUUUUGCCUCCUGCAGUACUGACAUGUGCAUCCACGUAUGCAGACUUGGCUGUGAUCGUCCCGUCAAAACCUUUCAAGGACACACAAAUGAGGUGAAUGCAAUCAAAUGGGACCCAUCUGGCAUGCUACUAGCAUCUUGCUCUGAUGACAUGACAUUAAAGAUAUGGAGUAUGAAGCAAGAUACCUGUGUACAUGAUCUUCAGGCUCACAGCAAAGAGAUUUACACUAUCAAAUGGAGCCCUACAGGACCAGGCACCAGCAAUCCAAACUCCAACAUCAUGUUAGCAAGUGCUUCGUUUGAUUCCACGGUUCGGCUGUGGGACGUUGACCGAGGAGUCUGCAUCCAUACAUUAACAAAGCAUCAAGAGCCUGUCUACAGUGUAGCUUUUAGUCCUGAUGGAAAAUAUCUAGCCAGUGGGUCCUUUGACAAAUGUGUCCAUAUAUGGAAUACUCAGAGUGGAACUCUAGUACAUAGCUACAGAGGCACUGGGGGCAUCUUUGAAGUCUGCUGGAAUGCUAGAGGAGACAAAGUGGGAGCAAGCGCGUCAGACGGAUCGGUUUGUGUUCUAGAUCUGCGGAAGUAAAAGUGAAAUGUUUUAGAAGAAAUUUCAAAUGGACCAGCAGUGAAUGUGUGGGGAGAAGCACUCUUCAAAACUAUUCUUAACAGCUCCAGAACUGUACAAACUUGAACAAAGUUAGAGUGUACCAUGAAACUGACUCUCCCUGGCCGCAGGUGACUUGUAUUUUGUCCGUAACCUUCAUCAAGGAGUAAAAACGCAGUCACUUCAGAGGGGGAGGGAAUGGUUUCCACCUGGAACAUUCAGCCUUGGAAGCAUGAAGCCACCAGCUAGGCAUUGCACUGUUUGGUUUGCAUCUGAGAACUUGCUCUGAUGGCUGGGGAAAAAAAAAAAAAAAAAAAAAUGAAAUAAAAAAACGGAAAAAAAAA